AUGCCCAUGAAACGCAGCAGUGAGAGUUCAGCCAGAGAUGGAGUGUUUCUUAUACACUCUCUAACCAAGACUUUGUGCAGCUCACCAGAGGAAAUACGCACAGACUUUAAUGGACGGACACACUUUCAUCAGGAGGAUGAUUCUGGGAUUAAAUCAGAAGCAGAGGACAGUAAUGAGACACCGUCCUCUGAGGAAGACCAGGACCUGGUGGACUUAAACUCGGACCUGACCAUCAAACAGAGCAUCUCGUCCUCCAGGAAGACCAUCAGUCAGAUCAUCAAGGACAAGAAGAAACAGACACAACUCACUCUGCAGUGGCUGGAGGAGAAUUAUAUUGUGUGUGAAGGAGUGUGUCUGCCUCGAUGUAUCCUCUAUGCUCACUACCUGGACUUCUGCAGAAAGGAGAAACUAGAGCCGGCCUGUGCUGCUACAUUUGGAAAGACAAUUCGACAGAAGUUUCCUCUUUUAACAACAAGAAGACUGGGCACCAGAGGACACUCAAAAUAUCAUUACUAUGGAAUUGGCAUCAAAGAGAGCAGCGCUUACUAUCACUCUGUGUAUUCUGGAAAAGGUUUGACAAGAUUUUCAGGGAGCAAGCUGAAGAACGAGGGUGGUUUCACCAGGAAAUAUUCUUUGAGCUCUAAAACUGGUACAUUGCUCCCAGACUUCCCCAACGCUCAGCAUCUUCUGCUGCAGGGAAAUAUCUCAAGAGAAAAGGUUGACACUCUGAUCAUGAUGUAUAAAACACACUGCCAGUGCAUCCUGGACAAUGCCAUUAACGUCAGCUUUGAGGAGAUCCAGAAUUUUCUGCUUCAUUUCUGGCAGGGAAUGCCCGACCACCUGCUGCCGCUACUGGAAAACCCUGUUAUAGUCGACAUCUUCUGCGUCUGUGACUCCAUCCUUUAUAAGGUAUUAACAGAUGUUCUGAUUCCGGCUACAAUGCAGGAAAUGCCUGAAAGCCUUUUGGCAGAUAUCCGGAACUUUGCCAAACACUGGGAGCACUGGCUAGCCUCCUCCCUAGAGAACCUCCCAGAAUGCCUUGCAGUCAAGAAGCUCCCAAUAGCACGCCACUUUGUUUCCUCCCUGAAGAGACAGACGUCGUUCUUACACCUGGCACAGAUAGCCCGUCCGGCACUGUUCGACCAGGCUGUAGUGACCAGCAUGGUGUUGGAUAUCGACAAUGUGGAUCUCAGCAGCAUCAGCUCUCAACCUCUGCUCAGCAUAAACUCUGCGGGGGACCAGGACCAAGACAUCUACUCUGAGUAUGACUCCAUCACCGUCUUUCAGGAGCUGAAGGAGCUGCUGAGAAAGAACGCCACAGUGGAGUCCUUCAUCGAGUGGCUGGACUCUGUCGUGGAGCAUAAAGUCAUCAAGCCUGGUAAGCAGAGCGGUCGAUCAGUGAAGAAGCGAGCUCAGGAUUUCCUCCUCAGGUGGAGUUUCUUCGGUGCCAGAGUGAUGCACAACCUCACGCUAAACAAUGCCUCCAGCUUUGGUUCCUUCCAUCUGAUCAGGAUGCUGUUAGACGAAUACAUCCUGCUGGCACUGGAGACACAGUUCAACAACGACAAGGAGCAGGACCUGCAGAACCUGCUGGACAAAUACAUGAAAAAUGCAGAUGCGAGUAAAGCGGCAUUCAUGGCCUCUCCUAGUUCCUGCUUCCUAGCAAAUCGCAACAAAGCCAGCACGCCCAUCGACCAAUCAGUGAAGAAUGAGUCUCUGGGAGAACACGCCUACAUGUCUCUGUCAACCAAUCAGCAGCAAAGUCUGGAAAACAACACCGUCCUCUACCCGGGGACAGAGACUACUGGGUUUACAGUGUCAGGUGGUCAGAUGCACUACUCUCAGGUCAGCGGGCCCCUCAUGACACCACCUAUUUCUCCAGCAGCGUUAGUGCACAGAGGCUCCGUCAUCAACCAGGGGCCCAUGACGGGGAGACCCUUGACUACCUCUUCUUCUUCCACCUGCUCCUCCUCCUCUUCCUCCUGCCUGCCCUCACUCAGCGCCAUGACCCAGCCCAGCCCCUGCUCGUCAUACCCAGAGACCCUGUACCACUGCUUACCUCAGACCAGCUCUGGUUACUUCCCCCCAGCUGGCGGCUCCUCGGCCUCAAACUACCAGCCUGCACUCAGGCCUCAGACUCAGAGUCAGGGUCUGGCCUCGGUUCAGUCUCAGGCUUCAUCACUGGCCUACCAUCUCUCUCGGUACCCUUCCUUCAACGACCAACACCUGACCAAAGACGGUCUCUACAGCCUUCACCACCCGUCCAACAAUAACUGCUCCCUGACGCCUUACGGCUCUGCGGUCCGACCCGCAUCCAGCUACAUUUCAGGCUCGGAUCCAGUUCAGUCUGAACAGGGACUUGAUGCUCAGACAGCAGCUCAGAUUCUGGACUCAGGGGAGGGGUUCGGCUUUGUGGGGUCUGGACUUAACUCCGCAGGCGGUGUGUGUCAGGGACAGACGUACUCUGCUGCAGGACACAGCGGUUACUACGGCAACAGCAGUUACCUGGACAGCCAGCGCAUGACAUCGCUGGUUGACCAGCACGUGUCCGUCAUCAGCACCAUCAGCAGCCUGCGCCCAUUCCCGUCAACAUAUUCUGAAGUCCACGAUCCGCUCAACAUCCUGGACGAACCGGGAAGGAAAACAACGGGAGCAUAUUUCACUGAGGCCGACCAAGCAGAUCAUUCUCUCCCCUCUUCAGGAUCUGCUCCCUGCAUGUUUGGAGUUCCCUCUCCGUUCUCCUCCCAGGAUGCAUUGCUCUCUCAGCAGCGGGUGCCGUCAUCAUCAGACGUGCAGGACCUGGUGUCUUCGCUUCCUCCCAUCAAUACUGUCUUCAUGGGAGCAGGAGGAGUACAAUGA